AUGGAACCCUUGCCCAAGGACGAUGAUCACAACGCGGGUCGUCGGGCCCGCGAGGUAUAUCGUUAUUUUCGACCAGAGCGACUAGCCCCAAUAGACGAGAAUCAGUCCUUGAACAGCGAGGAACCGGUUCUGUUAGAGCCUUCAGCGCGGCGGGGUUCUGCUACUUCCAGUCGCCCAACGUCUAUCUCACAAUCUUUAAAUAGCUCCCGAUCUGGCUCACUAACAUCAUGGACACCGCCGUUAGCCCCUAUGCCAAAUAGUUUGGUCCUGGGCGACUCGAAUGAGACCCUCCAUUUAUUUGCGCAACUAGCUGCAUUGCGGUUGAACGUUGAUCGUGUGUUUAUCAGUGUUUCAGAUCGCAAGUCUCAAUUUAUUAUCGCACAGGCUGCCCAGAAUACCAAAGACAACGGGAAAUAUGAUUUUCUCAGCGGUGGAGUCUAUUCUGGCAGUACCACGCUCGAUGUCAGCUCGUGGACGCCAUGUCAAGAUACAAUAGCCCUUCCUCAGUCCAACAGAGAACAAGACGAAUAUGACUUUGUUGUUUCCAAUGAUAUGAAGGAAGAUGAACGCUAUAAAAACCUUCCCUUUGUUCAAAAGGAGCCGAAUUUCCGCUUCUACGCAGGCACACCCCUCACCACAGACAGCAAUAUCAAUGUCGGUUGCUUAUUUGUCCUCGACACAAAGCCUCAUGUCGAAUUCACCCAUUCCGAGAAGGAGACCAUGGGAACUAUGGGAAUGCUCAUCAUGGACUUCCUGAAAGUGAGCCGACAAGCCUCCGAAGGUCGACGUGCAGCUCGACUAUCUCGAGGGUUGAGUUGUUUUGUUGAGGGUAGAUCGGAGCUCACAGAAGUCUUCGACGAUCCAACGAUGCAUAGUCCCAGCCCGCAUCCAACAUCCCGUCCAACCUCCCAAACACCAUCAAGCCAUCUCUCCAAUUCUAAUAAUCAACUUCCCCGUGGAAGAUCUCAUUCUCGAGGCAGCGAUACUCGUUCCAUCACUUCAUUGUCAGAUGUCAAUACCGAUCAAUCUAGAGGCUCUAGUGUUGCUUCGCAUUUUCCUGUUUUGCGAUCCGGCAGUAUGAACAUACCGGACGAAGAUGAUGAGUAUCAAGGAACCGCCGGGACGUUCCAGCGAGCAGCAAACAUCAUCCGAGCAAGUCUGGAGCUGGAAGGCGAGAGUGGUGUGGUUUUCGUCCAAGGUGGAAACGACAUGAUGGCCGGUUUCGACACAAGAAGUGAAGUCUCAGGCUCCUUUGAGAACUCCAAAUCUGCGACUGUCCUGGCUAUCUCUGCUGGUGAAGCCCCUAUCGGCCCGGAGACGGAGUCUCUUGCGCAGUACCCGGUUUCUGGGAUUGAUGAUGGCUUCCUUCACGGCUUGCUCUGUCGUUAUGGACAGGGAAAGCUUUGGUCAAUUCACCGGGAUGGGUUGUUUUCCAGCUCUGACAGUGACGAAUCGGCCAAUACCUCACGUCAAAGCCGUGCCCGUGAACGAAGUAGAACCACAAAGGCAAAACGUGCUAAGAAGUGGAAAACGGUUGAGAACAAAAUGCUCAAUCAAUACUUCCCGGGCGCCUCUCAAGUUAUUUUUGUUCCGCUGUGGAAUUCUAACACCUCUCAGUGGUUCGGUGGUUGCUUCUGCUGGAACAAUGUUGAGAAUGUUGUCUUCGAUCAACAUGUGGAGUUGAGCUCCUUGCUCGGAUUUGGAUCUUCUAUUAUGGCCGAAUGCAACCGAAUUGAGUCUCAAAUGUCUGACCGACAGAAGGCAGACUUCCUUGGAAGUGUAUCCCAUGAAUUACGCAGUCCACUUCAUGGAAUUCUCGCGGCAGCGGAAUUGCUACAAGGCACGGAGUGCGAUGACUUUCAAAGCUCUCUUUUGGGAACCAUCAACGCAUGUGGUCGAACGCUGCUUGAUACGAUGAACCAGGUCUUGGAUUACACCAAGCUCGUGUCUUUGGAAAAGGAUCUACACCAAUUGAAUAGAAACAGACCCUCCAGCGUGAAUCUCAAGAGUAUGCAACGUUCUGCUUCACAGUUGGAUGCAUACAUGCCUAUCGAUCUCUCGCUUCUCGCCGAAGAGGUGGUGGAGGGCGUUUGUCUGGGCCAUUCAUACAGCCAACGACCAGCAUUAUCGUCUCCAGCUGGCACGCCUCCGUUGAACUCCAACACAUCACAGAGCUUUGAUAUACCUCAAAUGCACGUGGACAUCGAUAUGGACAUUGCUCACCACAAUUGGGUUUAUUCUACGCCCCCUGGUGCCCUCCGUCGCAUCAUUAUGAAUAUUUUCAGCAAUGCGAUCAAAUACACCGAUUCCGGCCGUGUCUCGCUUCGCUUGGAGGUAAAGGAAGCCUCCGAUACUCGGACUCAGCAGCAAGGCACCAAAGAAGACACUAUUACCUUGACAGUCACCGACACCGGCAGAGGAAUUUCAGAAGAGUUCCUACGAGGCAAGCUAUUUAUUCCGUUCGCCCAAGAAAAUAGUUUGGCUGUUGGAACCGGGUUGGGUCUCUCGAUUGUUCGCAGCCUUCUCAAAUCUCUGGGCGGAAACAUCACCGUCGACAGUCGCCCAGACGAAGGCACAACUGUCAAGGUGACAAUCCCAUUGGCACGCCACGAACCAAAUCUUGAUGGUAUCUCUAGUCCCAUACCAUCACCCGGGCCAGAAUUGGAACCCGAAUCUAUAUCAACUGAAGUGCGCCUCUUGCGAGACGCGCAUGCUGGUCGAACCAUUGCUAUUCUUGGCGUAGAGCCCGAAAAUGCUUCUACUCAUCCACAAUGGGGAGCCUUUUCGCGUUAUCUGACUGACUGGUACGGUCUCAAGCUGGUUUCAUCGUUAUCCAAAGCGCCCAUUGAUGCCAUAUUGGUCAGUGAGCUUCCUUUAAAAGAACAUGUCAGUUGGGAUACAGAAUCCAAACAAGCCAUCCUUGUACUGAGUCCCAGUUUUGUCGGUCCCAACUCUGCACAGCCUGAAUGGUCUUCGACAAACACUGUGAUUACCGUCAAUCGCCCAUACGGUCCUCACAAGCUCUCCCGGUUUAUUCACAAAUGUCUCGACCAGGCCUUUCCCUUACCAGCUACCGAGUUGGUAGUAUUGCCCAAAAAGGAAGAAAUCCUCCUACCAACGCCGCUCGAAGAUGUUACCUCACACCAGCCAGUUCCCCAAGCCGAUGAUAUGCAGGUUUCAGCACCAGAGGACAUUUCUCACGCCCUUCCACCCUUACACAAUACCCUUCCGUCCUCCACUACCCCCGAAUUCACCGAAAAUACCGAACCUAUACCAGAAGAACCUCGAAAACCUCGAAUCCUGGUAGUCGAAGACAACAAAAUAAACUUGAACUUAAUGCUUACUUUCCUCAAAAAGCGAAAACUGGACACUGUUCAUUCGGCCGAGAAUGGACAGCUAGCAGUGAACGCAGUGGAAAAAUUGCAACCAGGUUAUGAUAUUAUCUUCAUGGAUAUCUCCAUGCCCGUCAUGGACGGGUUCGAUGCCGCACGAUACAUCAGGGCCCUCGAACAACAACGCGAUCGCUCCAAUUCAUCCGUCAUCAUUGCACUGACGGGACUCAGUGGUUCGACUGAUGAAUUCGAGGCUCUCAACUCCGGCAUGGAUUUGUUCCUAACCAAACCCGUCGCGUUCAAGGAGGUUUCCAAGAUUCUGGAUAAAUGGUCCGAGGGAGGGUUGCGAGAGCCAGACCAGCCAGAAUCAGAUCUCCCAGACUCGUGA